CAUGUAUCUGCUCUCAACGUUGGAUACUUUCAUAUUUUGUUUUUAUCGGCAUUACGUUGCAAAAUGCUUUAAGAUCCAACUUGAGUGUGGCCAUAGUAUGUAUGGUGAAAACUGGUAACAUUUCAUCGGAAACUCGUUUUAACAAUAGUUUCCCUGAGCACUGCGCGGAACAUAUGGAUGGCCAAAUUCCUAUUGAGAAUGCAGAAUUUGAUUGGGACAAAUCAACUCAAGCAAAGUUACUGUCCUCCUUUUUCUAUGGGUAUAUAUGCACCCAAAUUAUUGGAGGUUGGUUGUCAGAUACAUAUGGUGGCAGAAGAGUUUUUGGCAUUGCUUUGAUAAUAUCUGGCAUUUGCUCACUUGUGACACCAGUUUGUGCCAGAACAUCAGUGUAUGCAGUAUUUGUAGUACGUGUUAUAUUAGGACUUUCUUCAGGAGUUGUUCUUCCUUCUGGAAAUUCAAUUAUUGGUCGCUGGGCACCUCUUUUUGAAAAGAGCAAACUGACGUCUUUCGCAUGCUUAGGAGUGGCAUUUGGUAUUGUGAUAUCAUUUAUAACAUCUGGUUACCUUUGUAAGCAUGGCUUUGACAAUGGCUGGGGAUCCAUUUUCUACUUGACCGGUGGAUUAACAGUUUUAUGGGCUAUAGCAUGGUUUCUGAUUGUACAUGACACACCAGACACAAAUCAAUGGAUUUCCAAAGAAGAACUAAAUUAUAUUAAAUCAAAUAUACAAUUUGACACAAGCAAACGGACUGCUGUUGUUCCAUGGUGUCGGAUCGCGACAAAUCCUGCAUUUCUCGCAAUUCUCGUAGCUCACUUUUGUGUAAACUGGGUAUUAUAUGCGUUAGUAACAAGCAUUCCAAUUUUUAUGAAGACAGUUUUAAGAUAUGAUAUAAAAAGUAAUGGAGCUUUAUCGUCAUUGCCUUUUGUUUGUCAAGUACUAACUGGAUUCUUGCUCAGCCAAUUUGUAGACUUCCUGCGAAAAAAAAGUUUAAUUUCGACUACAAUAAUAAGACGCGUAUGUUCCUGUUUAGGUUUUGUUGGAAGUGGAGUGUUUCUUAUAGGAACUGGUUUUACAUCAUGUGAAGAUCGUGAAAUUGCUGUGGUUCUAUUGUCUUUAGCAUUUCUGUUUGCUGGUUUCCACAAUGCUGGAUGCCUUGUUAACAAUAUCGAUAUAGGACAAAAGUAUGCGGGCACCUUAUUUGGGCUGACCAAUACACUAGCUGCUGUUCCUGGCAUGGUGGCACCAACUGUAACAAGUAUAUUAACACCAAAUGAUACAGCUGAAGAGUGGAGAAAUAUGUUUUAUGUGUGUGCUGGAGUAUGCCUGCUUGGAAUUGUUGUUUUUGGAUGCUUGGCAAGUGGAGAAGUUCAAGAAUGGGCCAAAGAAGAAACUGAAAUUAAUAUUGAAAAACCUAAAAAUAUUGAUAAAAGUGAGAAUACUAAAUUGUAA